CCAAGCUGUCGCCUUUUUUUUAAAAAACGCAGUCAACUUCAGUAUCCCUUAGACAGUAUUUUCUCUAAAUCUCGACGUCGGUACUAUCGUGAAAAAAAUAACUGGUAAUGCAUGACGCAGUGUUAUUCCAAAUUGUAUUUUCUGUGACGUGCAAUUAGAGAGGCUACCCCUCCGCCCGCUUCGAGAAUUUUCUGUCAAGUAAUGUUGCGACGCUCUUAAAGAGACAGUGCACGAAAUGAUUUAACAACAUCGUGUUUUUGCUGUGUGGUUGUGCUCGAUUCUGCUCCACUCGGUUGCCAGCCGUGUUCUUUUCGUCAACGGAUCUUAAGCAGUACUGUGCGCUGUUUUGUGACACGCUGAAGCCAGAGACGCGUGCAUUUUUAUGUCUCUUCGUGCAGAGUAGAAGAGCGUUGUGAACAGAACCGACUGCAAGCAAAAUGGACCCGAAGAAGAUUACUGAGUUGCAGGGCUUUGUUCAGCUUUGCAAGGAGAACGCGAAUUUGCUUCAUCGACCGGAGAUGAAGUUUUUCAGGACCUGGCUGGAGAGCAUGGGUGCAACAAUUCCUCCAAUGAAGAGCAGCAGUGCAGAGCCUGAAUCUCCGAAGAAAGAGGAUCCAUCACACCCACACCCAGUGCCAGCGCCAGCGCCUGAGCCUGAGCCUGAGCAUGAGCAUGAGCCUGAACCCAAAGUGGAACAUGAAAGUGAGGAGAGUGACAUAGAAAUUGACAAUGAUGGUGUAAUAGAGCCUGAUUUAGAUGAUCCUCAAGAAAUGGGUGAUUUUGAAAAUCUGGAAGUAUCUGAGGAGAUGAUGGACCAAGCUAAUGAGAAAAAGAUGGAAGCAAUCAAUGCAAUGAGUGAAGGUGAACUUCAGAAAGCACUGGACCUUUUUAGUGAAGCUAUCAAGUUAAACCCAAGGCUGGCCAUACUUUAUGCAAAGAGAGCCAGUGUGUACAUCAGAAUGCAGAAACCUAAUGCAGCUAUUCGGGAUUGUGACAGAGCCAUCAGCAUCAAUCCUGACUCUGCUCAGCCAUAUAAAUGGAGAGGCAAAGCACACAGACUGCUUGGCCACUGGGAAGAAGCUGCCAAAGACUUGGCCACAGCUUGUAAACUGGACUAUGAUGAAGAUGCCAGUGCCUUGCUGAAGGAGGUCCAGCCCAGGGCUCAGAAAAUAAUUGAACACCGAAGGAAGUACGAGAGGAAGCGGGAAGAAAAGGAAAUCCGUGAGAGAAUGGAUCGUGUGAAAAAGGCACGAGAAGAGCAUGAAAGAGCACAGAGGGAGGAAGAAGAAAGACGACAAGCAAGUGGUGCGCAUGGAGGAUUCCCAGGUGGUGCAGGUUUCCCAGGGGCUUCUCCAUUCAACAUGCCAGGUCUUAAUGAAAUCUUCAGUGAUCCAGAAGUACUAAUGGCUAUGAAGGACCCUGAAGUAAUGGCUGCCUUCCAGGAUGUUGCACAGAACCCAGCAAAUAUUUCUAAAUAUCAAGGCAAUCCCAAAAUCAUGAACCUCAUGAACAAAUUAUCUGCUAAAUUUGGGGGUGCACAACCUUAGGAAUAUUUUUGGGGGAUGUCAAGUAGGUAAUAUAAUGAAAAAAAUUCCUAUAUUUUCUUUAAUUCUGGAUACACUUCUUGGGCUAGGCCUUUUUUUAAAGCAGCAAGCAUACACAUGCAUUUACUUGCUUCCCCUCCUCUAAUUCAAUUGGUCUUUUACAUCAGAUGGCCAAAGACGUCUGCUGCUUUUGAAGAAAGAAAGAAUGGGUGGCCAGAAAUGUGCAAGACAGCUGAGUGUAAUGAGGGAAUAUUUACAUUUAUCAAGAAUGAAACUCAUGAAAGUAUGAUCUAAAUACCCAUCCACUUUGUAAGAUGAGUGGCAAUGAAUUUGUUGACAUUGAUAUUAAAUCCUUAUUCAUAAAUUGCUCAAAAAUGCUGUUACUGCUGUUUAACAAAUAAAACAUUUUCCCACUGA